AUGAAGCUACUACGGUUCGUCUUCACGUGGGAGCUGCUGUGGUGCGUUCUGGCUCCAGCGAUUGGUAUCGGUGUGUACUUCCUUUCCUACUGGAACUGGACCACUCUACCGGACGGGGUCACACUGAACGAUGCUACAAGCUCCGCGGACCGUCGAUUCGUUGCGGAAAGAGCUUUACGCGAUCUGGCGGAACUCACCAGCCAAGGACCACGCGUUGCCGGAAGUGAAACAAACGAACGGUUCGCCGUCAAUCUGCUGCUGAGCUCCGUCGAACAGAUCGCACGCCAAGCACAUCCGGACUUUAACGUUACCUACGAAGUUCAGCGUGUCAGUGGCAGCUACUUCCUCGAGUAUGACGAUUAUCCCAUCACUAGCUACUACCGGAACGUGCAGAACGUCGUGGUUUCGGUCACACGGAAAGACACCUUCAGUGGCAAGUACCUGCUGGUGAAUGCGCACUUCGACAGUGCCGUUUCAAGUCCUGGUGCCGGUGAUGACGGCACGAUGGUGGUCGUGAUGUUGGAAAUUCUUCGUCAACUAACCACCCAAAAUGGCGACCCAGCAGCACCGAUGCAACACGGUGUGAUAUUCCUGUUCAAUGGGUGCGAAGAGAACACCAUGCAGGGAGUGCACGGUUUCAUUCGAGGACAUCCGUUGGCCCAACAUGUGGCCACCUUCAUCAACCUAGACGUGGCCGCUAAUGGAGGGCGUGAGAUCAUGUUCCAAUCUGGCCCACAUUAUCCGUUCCUCAUGGCGUACUAUCGUGAUCACGUGCGACGACCCUACGCCAACACGCUGGGUGAGGAAGUCUUCCAGAUGGGGUUGGUGCCGUCCUUUACGGACUACGAAACGCUCUCCGAGCAGGGCGGUUGGCCAGGGAUGGAUUUUGCGCUGUCUUCUUACGGAUAUCUCUACCACACGGCGCUGGAUGCGUUGGAAACGAUAUCCACCAGCACGUUGCAGCACAUCGGAGACAACCUGCUGGGGCUUGUGAGCGCUUUAAGCAAUGCUCCUGAGCUUCACAAUAUAGCGGAACACCGGGAAGGAUCGGCCGUUUUCUUCGACUUCAUGCACCUGUUUCUGGUGUACUACACGGACACGGUCGCGUUGAUCAUCAACAUCCUGCUGGGUGUGCUCUCGGUGGCACUUAUUGCGGGUACGAUCUACAUGACCUCGCGCAAAGAAGACGCCGUCGGUACUAACGUUCUGUUUGAGGCUGGCGCGAGCCUUAUCGUGCAGACACUCUCGAUCGUCCUGGGCGCUGGCUGCUCCGUGCUGGUGGCGAUAAUUUUUGAUGCCUGUGAUCGAUCGCUAAGUUGGUUCACGUCCACCUGGCUGCUGUUUGGGUUGUACUUUGUGCCGUGCAUCGGAGGUCUCUGUUUGGGGCCGUUUUUGUACGUUCACUUUCGCAAAAUUCCCUUCCUGCACGAUCAAGGACGAGUGAUCUUCUUCCUGCAUGCGCAACACUUCAUAUACGCAGUACUGUUGAUCACCUUAACGGCGGGAGGCAUUCGAUCGGCAUUCCUACUGCUCUUCCCGAUCAUCUUCUACUCCGCCACAACGAUCGUCAACAUGAUCCUGCAGUUUCGGUUGAACGUGUGGAUUUAUGUGCACUUAGCCGGUCAGUUGGUGCCACUGUUUUACUUCUGCUCCCUCACAGCCACCCUGUUUUCGGUGUUUAUUCCAAUGACGGGCCGUAGCGAUAAUCGUUCGAAUCCGGAUCUACAAAUGGCGCUGUUUUCUGCGCUUCUCACCUUGCUGUUGGUUGGGUUUUUGACACCGUUCGUGGUGAUGUUUCGACGCAAGGUGUACGUGUUUGGGACCAUUCUGGUAAUGUUCCUCGUUACUGCAAUCGUAGCAGCUACGCCGCAUGGUUUCCCGUUUCGAGCGGAAACAUCCCCGCAAAGGUAUUUCAUAUUCCACCACCAGCGAAACUUUUACUGGCCAAACAGCACGCUACGGAGCAGCAGCUCGAUCUUUUAUCUGCACCCUCAAGAUCGCCAAACGCCCCGACUACUACAAUCGGACGUGCCAGAGUGGUCCGAUGCUCAGCAGCUCGGUGAGGAGUGUGAUCGCGAGCUGUACUGUGGCAUUCCGUUCUACAUCAACCGUUACCAUCGGCAGUCCGACUCGAGCUACUGGUUGCGGGCUCAGCAACCUCCAAACUUUCCCGAACCGGUUGAAUUUCGGCUCGUUUCUCGGGAAAACCCCGCACCUGGACGGUACCGGAUGUCCUUCAGUGUACGCGGUCCCAGUCACAUGAGCCUGUACGUAUCACCACGUGCCGGUCGAAAGCUCGUCGCGUGGAGCUUUAGCGAUCGUAUUCCACCGAGCGGGGAACGCUGGAACAACCAGGAUGUGCACUUUGUGAACUUAUUUUCGGGUGCAUUGGAAAAUGCUCCGCUUACGUUCUACCUCGAGGUGGAACAGUUCUCUCCCGAUCAAGCUCAGGAGCAUUUGCAUCUGUCCGUUGUCGCGCAAUACAUGCACCAUGGUGUGCAGCAUCGUACGAACGAAUUUCAGCAACUCCUCGACAAAAUGCCCAAAUAUGCUCACACGGUGGCAUACCCUGGGUAUUUGGAGAGUUGGAUUUUUUGA